CUUCCGGGAAGCUGUCACUCUGUGUUUUGGACAUUUUGCAGAUUUUUGGCGUUUUACUUGAAAAAUAGCAAAAUGGCAAAGCAGAAACCGAAAUCCAGUACACCACAUAAACCAGGCAAAGAUAACACUAAGAAUGAAAAAAACAAUCACAACCACUCUGGAUCAACAGGAUCGACAAGAAAACAUCACAUUGACCAUAAACAUGAGACAAAACCAGAGAAAAAGUUACAGUCAAAUUACCUGGUUUUGUUUGUGGUCUCGAUGGUUGUAGCAACAUCAACGGCAAUUCUUUUAAGUGAAGAUGUUCAAAAAGUAUUGAUUGAAUUCACACAACUUGGUCUAAAUCCAUUCCAAGAAGUAUUAAACUUAAAUGAUGACACAACGCCUGACGAUUAUGUUAUGCAUCAGGAAGGUGAUACAUUGAAGAAAGAUCCAAAACAAGACGCUCAUGAUAAACUCAGGGAGCUGGAUAAAAAUGCCAUUAAUAGAAAUAAUGAUCUCACUCAGGACAAGCAAGAUACUGGCAAAGAAACAGAAAGUGAUAGUAAUAAAAACAGCAAUAGAGCAAGUGCAAUAAAUAAAGAUGACAUGAUUGAAAGUGAAAGUGAAAACAUUCAGGACAAUAGCAAAGUCAAAGAAACCAAACAUCAGGAAGAACAACAGAAUAAGGAACAGGAUGUCAAAGAGAAAAAAAUAGAAGGUUCCAAGAAAGAUAAGCCACGACAAGAAGAUUAUGGAAAAAUUGUGAUAACAAGUAAAGGUGACUACAAGCUGAGGAAGAAAUUGGAUGCUGCCGAUAAAUUGCUUGAGAAGGGAGAGGUUGCAAAGGCUAUGGAAAAGUUUGAUGCCAUUCUGAGAAACAAAUCUAGGAGUCCUCGAGCAAUGUGGGGCAAGGCCCUGGCCACGGAUAAACUAGCGGAGCAACAGAAAAGCAACAAGCUCCUGGAGGAGGCCAUCUCGUUAAUGGAUGAGGCCCUGAGACUGUCGAAAACCCCGGAGGCCCUGCAGCUGAUUAUAGCAGAAAAACUGGCAGAUCGGCAGGCUUUCAGAGGCUGGUCGCACAAGGAAGCAAACACCUGGAAGUACCUGAUCGGCAAACAUCCGGACAAUUUGGAGUUUCAACGGAAACUCGGCGUCUGCUACAUGAAGAUCGGGAAAAACGAACCAGCCAGGGAAGUUUUCAGAAAGAUCCUGUCCGUCGACCCGGAUGAUGGUUUUGCAUUGGUUCAUCUCGGGUUUAUUAUGAAAACUGCGGAUCUUAAUUACACAGAGGCAAUACCGAUUCUACAGCGAGGCAUCGAGUCAAAGCAGCCCGGCACACAGGAUGGACGUUUCUUUUACCAUCUUGGCGAUGCCUAUUCCAGGGUGGACAACGUCGAAAUGGCCCGGAAGAUAUACCAGCAGGGUGCAGAUGCCGGAAUUUUCCUGUCUGCUGACCAACGAUCACUGUACAAUGCCCAGACUCCACUGACCGGCCGACCGUGGUGGACGCAAGAACAGACCACCUACCAGCCACAUCUCAAACUGUUGGAAGACAACUGGCAGACAAUUCGUGAUGAGGGGUUGGCUCAGCUUGAUUUAAAGACAGGGGCGUUUGUUCCUGAAGAGGAGAACCUGCGGGAAACAGGCGACUGGAAACAGUUCACACUCUACCAAAGAGGGCGAAAAAAUGAAGAGAACUGCAAGAAAGUCCCUAAGACCUGCUCCCUGCUUGAUAGAAUUCCAGAUGCAAAGGGCUGCACACGGGGCCAGAUCAAGUUUUCUGUGAUGCACCCAGGGGUCCACGUGUGGCCCCAUACUGGGCCUACAAACUGCAGAAUAAGAGCCCAUCUGGGACUCAAAGUUCCUGAAGGUCCAAAAAUAAGGGUCGGGAAUGAUAUCAGAACUUGGAAGGAAGGAAAGUUUAUCAUAUUUGACGAUUCCUUCGAGCAUGAAGUGUGGCACGAGGGGACUGAACUCCGACUUGUGCUCAUUGUUGACUUCUGGCACCCAGAGUUACCCGCCCAUGAAAAGAGGACUCUGUCACCAAUUUAAAACAGAGAUAAUUUAUUAGAUUAUUUAUUAUGUAAUAUUUUAUUAUAGUUAAACUCUACAGGCUUGAAUAUCAUAAUAACUUAGCUAUACAUUAAAUACCAGAACAAUAGUUGCCUGCAUUUGAAAAAAACAAAACUAAAGAUACUUAAAACUUAAAGAUGACAUAAGAUUUAUCCUCUCUUAAAAAGAAAUCUCUGAAACAAAUUUUAGGAUAGUUAAGGGAGAGGAAAGGAAGACAAAUUUGUAAUUAGUAUAGUUUUUUCUGAUUUUGGUAGGUUAAUAAGAUAUUAUAAGAAUUAUCUACUGUUCAAAGAGGGAACAGAGAUAAUUUAUUAAUCAGGAUAUUUACAGUUGAUUCUAUAAAGAUAGAUUUAGCCACAGUAACUAGAUUGUUUGGCGUUUCCAUACCCAUAUUAAUAGGUUUAGUUUGUAUUUUGUGUGUGUGUUUUUUACUUUCGAACUCCUAAAAUAAGAACAACAGCGAGGCUAGAAAAACCCAUCUAGGCUGGGUUUUUUAGCUCUACUUGUCAAAGGCUUUUGCCAUGCAGUGGUGUCUGCCAUCUGUUAACAAUUGGUUGUGAAAAGGAUACAGUCUUCAAUUUUGAUUGUAUCUUAAUCAAACUUAUACAAUUAGAUAUCCAUGAGAGCUUGGCUCCUUUCUUAAACCAGCAAGAACCACCCAUGCAUGACUUGAUUAUAACCCUUGAUAGCUGUAGUUGAUUUUACCAAGAGUUGUGUAUUGUUAUAGUAGGUUUUCCCUUGAAAGCAGAAUCAUUUUUAAGAUACUCAACUCAUGCCAGGAAAGCAUAGAUCAUCAUGGGGCUCGUGUUUAAAUAAGACCAUCGUGGGCCUCUUGUUUUUGUGAGCCUGAAGGGAAAAGCCAAGCAAGCUAUUUAUUAUUUGUGGCCUUAGAUAAUAUAUAUAUAUAUAGAGUUAUCUGCGCUUAAAAGAAGGUCUAGUCAGUAUUUUAAAAGAAGAAUGUAAUGCUUUAUGUGGAUACUAGUUACUUGCCAAUUAAAGUAGAGCUCAACAGUUUGAAAGAUAGCUCUAGUACUGUAUUGAAUUUUAAAGCUGCUCUCUCACAGAUUGAAUGUUUUAACAACUUUUUUUUAGUUUUUGGCUUGGAACGAGCCAAUUUAUGCAAGCAUGCAUUUAAACCGGUCAUAUAAGACUGCUGACAGAAAAUCAGAUCGCAGAUAUUUAUAUUUAAGUUCAAAAAUUGAUGUUUAAUACAUUUUUCUUAAACCGUUAAAAUAUUAAUUUCUGAACGGAAAUAUGAAAAUCUGCAAUCUGAUCUUUAGUUAGCAGUCUUUUAUCACUGAUUUGCAGGUAUUUAUGCAAAAAAAUUCUCAUUCAAAGACAAUUAAUAAAAAUGUUGUAAAUAGGUAAAUCUGUGAGAUUAAAUAGACAAGUAUGGAAAAAAAAUGCAUAAAAUCCCACUUUUAUUAUAAUUGAUUUAACAGUCUACUUAGGUGUUAAAACAAACAUUUUCUGAAAGCAAUAGGUUUAAAACAACUGAUUUAUAUUGCUUUACCUUUACUGGUUAAGAAAUGUAUUUUUAGCUUAAACUGUUAUUGUGUUAAUUAUAUUUCAUUCAAUUUAACAUACGCGCACAACAAUGCCUACUUCAUAUUUUUUUUUAAAAAGUCCCCCUCCCUUUUACUUUCAUAUAGUUUUACUUACAUAUAGUUUUACUUUCAUGUAGUUUUACUUUCAUAUAGUUUUACUUACAUAUAGUUUUACUUUCAUGUAGUUUUACUUUCAUAUAGUUUUACUUACAUAUGGUUUUACAUUCAUGAAGUUUGCUGUCAAUAACUUGUUCAACAUUACCAUGGACCUAUAAACCAGGUCCGCGACAUUUCGCAUAUACAGUUCAACUUUUCAAACAGGGAAAAAUAUACUUGUUGCCUUACAAUCUUCAUGAACAUGAAAUAUGAUUUGAAUUCAUUAAUUGCAAUAUAUUUCUGUGAUAUUGUGCGCAUUAACAUUUUUGCCUUAUUGUAAGCAUCAUUCUUAAAGCAUUCUUGUUAACCAGAGUAGUGAUGCGUACUGCAAUGUAUCCCUUGUACCACUUUGAUUUAACAUUGAUGAACUUCUGAUGAAUGAGAAUGUGACUCAAUUAAUUGUCAUACAUUAACGACCAGAACUAGCAAUAAAGCAGGUGCAUGCUGCAUCUCUGAAACUGAGUUGUUUGUUAAUCAUGCUUACUGCCAAAACAAUCACUUAAACAAAUGUCAUUGAAACACACCCCUCAUUCAUAAAAUGAGCUAUUUGUGACCUCAAGUUGGUUGAAAGUCUUUAUUAUAUUUAUAAGUAUUGCAUCUAAUCAUUUUAUUUUUUAAAAAGGCAAAACUUUUGAUGUUGAUAAUAAUAAACAUGUUAAGUGUGAUUUUUGUUAAGAUGGAUGGUAAGAUCUUGAAUCUGUGUGGGAAAUUCACCUCCUGAUUUUUCUUUUUAAAAUGCCAAAAAUGUCUGUGUAUCGGACAAAUUUAAGUGCCAUGGGCUCCGAGCAAGGUGAACCUAUCUCCUUCUCUUUUUUCAUGGUAAUUUUCGUUAAGAUGGAUAGAAAGAACGUGAGACUGAAUGGGAAAUUCACCUCCUGACUUCCUUUUUAAAAAUGCCAAAAAUGUUUGUGUAUAGGGCAAGUUUCGUCUCAUGAGCUCAAAGCAAGGUGAACCUAUUUCCAAUUUAACAUGGGGUAACAUUCAUUUUGCGUUGAGCCUUCACUGUGUAUAAUAACAUGAAUGGAAUCUGUUUGCAAAAAUAAGUUAUAAUUGUUCAUUUCUGAUGCCAUAAUAUGUAUUGCAUAAUUGUUUUUGGUUCUGUAUGUUUUUCAAUGAUUUUAUCGAAUUACGAAUCAGACGAUGUAAUAAGCAAAGCAAUCUGUUCAUGUUUAUGUAAAACUGUUAGUUUUAUCAUUUAAACAUGUUGCUCUCGUGUGUUUUGUUUCUUUUAUUUACUUGCAACAUUGUCCAAAGUUCAGUCAUCUUUGCCAUUAAAUGGACUUUAAGACAAUUUGAAUUAUUUCUUUUUCACACGAAAAUUUCAAAGGGAGUGUUAAAAAUUAAUUUGCAUAUAUUAUAGAGUGAUAAUCAAACGUUCCAACAAAAUAUCCCAUUAAAUACUCUAUGUGAAAAAUACACAUUCUACGCAUAAAACGUAUACUCUCUUUAGGUUUCGCAAAUGAGAAACACAUGUAUCUAGGAAUGUAUUAGGCCAUACCAAAUAAAAAAUUUAUUGAUUUUUUUGUGUUCAUGAUUUUAAUUAUGCAUAUUUUGCUGCUGAUCUUUAGUCAUUUGUUUACGAUCAUUUUGUUAAUUUCAUUUUAUAAAUGACCAUAUUUGUAUAAUUUUUGAAACAUCAUUGAUUUCAUCCUGUGUAUGUGCUACGUUUUGCCUUUUAAUAAUACUGUUUACACAUAAUAUAUUUUUACAAGUGUACCAUAAUUUCAUUUUACAGUUAUCGAUGUUGUAUUCAUCUGCAGUCAAUGUUUUUCCAAAUUGUGUUGAAUAUCUUACUUAACUUGUUCUGUCCACAGGGGCGGGGUGCGUGUUUAUGCCUUUCCCCUGUUGACUGCGCACCCACCCCUCCUUCACCAUAUCAGUUAAGAAAAUGGCAAAAACGUUCGUAGGUUUAUAAAUAAUGAUUUGGGAGUUGUAACUUGUACUUCAUCACUUUUUGCCAUUCUAUACUAGUUAAAGUUCCCCCAUCACUAUUUAUAACCCUGGCAAUAUUUUUGCCUUUUUGGUUACAGAUUGUGGCGAGGGGCAUAGGGGUGUGGCAUUACCAAGCACCCUGACCCUGUGGUUUUGUCAGGGGCUGAUUUAAAAGCUCAAUUGUACUUAAUUUGUUUUGUGUACUUAAGUACAUACAAAUUGAGUUCUUAUCACUGAAUUUAUUUUGCAUAGCUUUUAAACAGUCACAAGCAUAUAUAAAAGAUGAAAAUCAUGGCUAUGAUAUAAUGUUCAGCUGAGACUCUUGCCCUAAUAUCACAAAAAUACUUGAAAGUCAUUUCUCAAUCACAACUCAUUUCACUAAAGGACUGCGUAGCAUGAUUGGAAAUUGUAUAUGAUUAGAAAAUGUAUAUGAUUUAGUAGAUUUACUAUUAUUGAAACUUUUAAUAUUGUCUUAUAGAUUGAUACAGAUUGAUGUUGUUAAAAUUAUUUGGUCAAUAUUCUAUAGUAAAGUCUUUCUAGAGCAGGGGUUGUACUUGAGGCAAAUUUAUUAUUUUUGAGUUACUGAAUUACUCCAGUAUGUUUUGCAUUCUAUGGACGAUUUUCUUUAAUGGGGCAACACCAUAAUGCACAAGUUAAUGCACUUUUAAAAAGAGUAAAACAUAAGUAAUUUGGAAUCAUGUCAUGCUGUAAUGUGAAAAAAUGAGUUGAACUAGAGGUUGUCUUCAAGUGACACUCUUAUUUAAAACCAAUACAUACACAUGUAUAACAAAUAUAAAUUUUGAGUGAUAAACCUUUAACUACUUACUAAAUAAUGCAUUUAUGGAAAAUAGUAAUUACCGGUACUGAUAACAAUAUUGUAACCAUGUAUUUAAUAGCUGAAAAUGCACAAAUAUUAAAUGACUGGCGAGUCCUAAAAGAUGUGCCGUGAUCAACUAGGGUCCCAUAAGGUAGAAAUACUGUGUUAUCUGCAAAUUUCUUUCAAAUUGAACACAGUAUCCUUCGUAAGAACCAUUGUCUUCGAUAUUUAUUCAUCCUUGAUAUUUUUUCAUCCUUUACAGUAAAUUAAAACAAUUGUAUUAGUUGUGGUACAUCUUAUUUGGGAGUAAGAGUGCACCUUUAAGUAUUUUCAUGGUAUUGGGUCCUGGUCUGAAUGUCUUUAAAUAUGCAAGUAGUAACAAGCUAACGUAUCUAGUUUAUCAUCUAGGUUAUCAUCGAAAUCAUUUUCUUUAAAAGUCUCAAAACUCGCUCAAAAUGAGAGUAUUUCACAGAUUAGACUGAAAUAAAAUAAUGUUCUUAGCUUGCUCCUGUUAUAAGGAACUAAUUAUAUCAGAUUGUGAAAAUGGGCCUGAAAUUCUAAAAUAAAUUAAUAUAGCAUUUUUACACAGAGUUGUAGCCUGGAAUUUGUUUAUAAAUUAUGAUUGUUUAUUUUUUUAUGAAAUUAAUAUUGUGAAAUAAAUGUUAAUUUAUGUAUAAUGUUUCUUUCUUAAAUAGCUAAAGGGAAGCCUCACUGUGUGUAGCCCCAUUACUGUAUGUCUCUGUU